CCGCAGAAAGUGUGGAUUAAAAUGGUCCAAAUUAGCACACAGUCGCACCCAAGGAUUAAGGAUUUCAUAUAUAUAUAUAUAUAUAUUAUUUUUUUUUUCUUUUUAUUUUGAUACUAAAACAAAAACAAACACACCGUUCGAUAAAAACUUAAGAAAAACAAAAACACGGAGUGAAAAUUAUGAUGGAAUGUGGAAUUAGAGUCAAGAUCAAGGACAGUUGGUUUUUGGUUCCUGAUUUCUCCUUUUCCCUUUUUCGAUUUGUUUUAUUAUUAUUAUUUUUAUUAUUCUCAUUCAUAUUUACUCAUCCAAUCCUCAAUCUCCAUGCUUUACCAUUAUUAUUAAUGUUAUUGCUAUUCGAUAUUUCUUGACUAUGACGAUAUCAAGAGAUAUAGCUGGAUAAUAAAUCCCAAUCUUGUGAUAUUCGCUUUGCGUUUUCUCUCGGAAACCCUAGGUUUUCGUUUCCUUUGUUGAUUUUCUUGAUCUUCGAUGGAGGCGAAUUCUGAAGCAGAAGAUCGCGAAAGAAUGGGCAAGAACGCCAAUAGUUCUAGCGAAGGACAACAGGCCAGGCCUAAGCGCCAGAUGAAGACGCCUUUCCAACUCGAAACACUGGAGAAAGCAUAUGCUAUGGACACGUAUCCCUCAGAGGCGGUACGAGUGGAAUUGUCCGAGAAAUUGGGACUCACGGAUCGGCAAUUGCAGAUGUGGUUUUGCCAUAGAAGGCUGAAGGACAAGAAGGAGAAUCAGGCAAAGAAGCCCCGUAAAACGGCAGUUAUGGAGGCUCCUGUUGAGGAUUUUAGGACAGAGGCGGGAAGUGAUUACGGGUCAGGGUCUGGUUCCGGGUCUAGCCCAUUAGCGGAGCUGAGGAAGCCCGUACUUGAUGACGUGCCCUUGGGAAGGAGACACUAUGAGUCCUCGCCGCAGUCGGUGAUGGAGCUCAGGGCUAUUGCAUGUGUUGAGGACCAGUUGGGGGAGCCAAUAAGGGAGGAUGGGCCAAUUCUGGGGAUAGAGUUUGAUUCCUUGCCUCCAGAUGCUUUUGGAGCCCCUUUAGCCUCAACAGCGGAGCAGCAGAAGCGGCUUGGGCAUUCUUACGAGAGUAAAAUAUAUGAGCAACGUGAUGUUAAGUUAGGCAAGGGCUCAAGGUUACUCCAUGAUUAUCGUCCUCUGCAAGACCCUUCCAGUAUUAGAUCCGAUACAUAUGGGCAAGUUGCUCAGUCUCAUUUUCAUGAUCCAUCAAUUGAUGCUCUAAGGGCUAGAUCUUCAUUGCUUGUUCAUGGAGAUGAAGUCAUUUCAAGAGUUCAUGGUUUCAGAGGCCAUGCAUCCCGUUUACGUAUGUUGCCUCAACAGGAAAGUAAUGGUCAAGCCUUUCCAUCUCCUUAUAGUGAUGAUGACCGUCUCCCACAACACGAGUCCUCUACGAGCAACCGAAUGAAUACGCACCUUAGUGGCCACUUAGUUGCUGGACCGGAAAAUAUGGAUUUCUUGCCAGAUGGCCAAAUCUUCCAUGGUGAAGGUGAUCUUAAGAGGAAACGCAAGAAUGAUGAAGCUAGGAUUGCAAGGGAAGUUGAUGUCCAUGAGAUACGGAUCCGGAAAGAGCUUGAGAAACAAGAAAAUCUGAGGCGAAAGAAUGAAGAACGGAUGAGGAAAGAAAUGGAAAGGCAUGACCGAGAAAGACGGAAGGAGGAGGAGAGAUUGAUGCGUGAAAAGCAGAAAGAAGAGGAGAGAUCACAACGUGAGCAAAGGCGUGAAAUGGAACGAAGGGAAAAGUUUUUGCAGAGAGAGCAUCUAAGAGCUGAGAAAAUGAGGCAAAAGGAGGAGCUUCGGAAGGAGAAAGAAGCAGUGAGACUCAAAGCUGCCCUUGAGAAGGCAACUGCACGCAGAAUUGCCAAAGAGUCUAUGGAUCUUAUUGAGGAUGAACAACUGGAACUCAUGGAGUUGGCUGCAAAAAGCAAAGGGUUGCCUUCAAUGAUUCAUCUUGACCAUGACACUUUGCAGAACCUUGAGUCAUUUAGAGAUUCUUUGAGCGUGUUUCCACUGAAGUCCCUGCAAUUAAAGAAACCAUUGUCAACUCAACCUUGGGUUGAUUCGGAGGAAAAUGUUGGGAAUCUUCUUAUGGUUUGGAGAUACUUGAUUACUUUUGCGGAUGUUCUUGGGCUGUGGCCUUUCACUCUGGAUGAACUUGUUCAAUCUUUUCAUGAUUUUGAUUCGAGGUUGCUUAGUGAGAUUCAUGUUGCUUUGUUAAAAGUGAUAAUAAAAGAUAUUGAAGAUGUUGCUAGAACUCCUUCUACUGGGUUAGGAACAAAUCAAUAUUGUUCUGCUCAUCCUGAAGGUGGACAUCCACAGAUUGUUGAAGGGGCUUAUGCUUGGGGCUUCAACAUACGCAGCUGGCAGCAGCACUUAAAUCCUUUAACUUGGCCUGAGAUAUUUCGGCAAUUAGCGUUGUCUGCUGGAUUUGGCCCACAGUUGAAGAAAAGGAGCAGUGCUUGGGGAUACUCGUGCGACAAGGAAGAGGGAAAGGGUCGUGAAGAUGUAAUUUCUACUUUGCGUAGUGGUUCGGCUGCUGAAAAUGCAUUUGCAUCAAUGCGAGAAAAAGGAUUAUUACUUCCGCGGAGAUCCAGGCAUCGGUUGACACCUGGAACUGUUAAGUUUGCUGCUUUUCAUGUUCUUUCACUUGAAGGUAGCAAGGGAUUAACUGUGCUUGAACUUGCAGAGAAGAUUCAGAAAUCUGGGCUACGGGACCUGACAACAAGUAAGACGCCGGAGGCUUCUAUUUCUGUCGCUUUGACGAGGGAUACAAAACUUUUUGAGAGAAUUGCUCCUUCGACAUAUUGUGUAAGAGCUCUUUAUAGAAAAGAUCCAGCUGAUGCUGAGGCAAUACUUACUUCAGCCAGAAAGAAAAUUCGGAUAUUUGAAAAUGGGUUUUUAGGCGGGGAAGAUGUCGAUGUUGAAAAGGACGAGGACUCUGAAUGUGAUGUUGAUGAUGAUGCUGAAGUUGAUGGUUUGGCAACCCCAUUGGUUGCAAGCAAGGAUGCUGACCAUUGUAUUGAAGAACAAACUUCCUCAAAAAGGGGAAAAGACAAGGAUUGUGGUGAUGUUGAACAAAAUAAAAAUGAGUCAGAAAAUUUACUUUCAAUCUUACCUAUGAAUGGCUCAGACGGUACAAACAAACCAAGUAGUGAUGAGCAAUGCAUUGCUGGUAAAGAUGUUGAGGCUAGAUAUCUUGGUCCAGAAAGUAUUGAGAUUGAUGAGAGUGACACUGGUGAGUCAUGGGUUCAAGGACUUACAGAGGGGGAAUAUUCUCAUCUCAGCGUUGAGGAGCGUCUCCAUGCUCUUGUUGCAUUAAUUGGUGUUGCAAAUGAAGGAAGUUCUAUACGUUUUGUUCUUGAGGAUCGUUUGGAAGCAGCUAAUGCUCUUAAAAAGCAAAUGUGGGCAGAGGCACAAGUUGAUAAAAGUUGCAUGAGAGAAGAUAUUAUGAGGUUUCCACUAUUUUCUGGGAGCAAAGCUGAAAUGAAACUUAAUUGUUCUCCGUCGGAAGGUCGCCAAAGUUCAUUGCCUGUGGUUGAUAAUCAAAGUAAUUACGUAUCUCCAGGCACUGUUGAAGACCCAAAGCUGUUACUUGGUUCACAAAGCAUAGAGAAUCAUCCAAAUGGCCUUCCUACUGAAAGGGCAUCAAUAGUUCAAGAUCUUUCCAUUAAUCCAGAUAAUUUCUCUGUUCAGCACCAUGGAUUUGCGUCAAAAAGGUCACGCUCAGAAUUGAAAUCUUAUAUUUCUCACCUAGCUGAAGAGAUGUAUGUGUACAGAUCACUGCCGUUAGGCCAAGAUCGCAGGCGUAAUCGAUAUUGGCAAUUUGUUGCAUCUGCUUCUAGAAAUGACCCUUGUUCUGGCAGGAUCUUUGUUGAAUUGCAAGGUGGCAAAUGGAGGCUUAUUGAUUCCGAGGAGGCUUUUGAUACCCUAUUAUCAUCUUUGGAUACAAGGGGGAUUAGGGAAUCUCAUUUGAGUGUUAUGCUGCAAAGGAUUGAGGCUUUCUUCGGAGAAAAUGUCCGAAGGAAUGUGUGGUGUUGCAACAAUGUAAACAAAAGUGAAACCACAAUCACAAAGGAAACUUCUGAAAUGGAUUCUAGCUCGGAUUGCCCCGCUGGUGUGGACAGUCCUAGCAGUAUGGUCUGUGGUUUGAAUUCUGAUAUUUCAGAUGCUUCUUUCAGGGUUUCCAUAAGAACAACUGAAUUUGAGAAGGAGGCUACCUUAGAAAGGUACCAAGAUUUUCAGAAGUGGAUGUGGCAAGAAUGCUUUUGUUCGUUAAAACUGUGUGCCUCAAAAUAUGGGAAAAAGAUGAACAUGCAGCUGCUAGAUUCUUGUAAUGUGUGUCUCCACUGUUAUCUCCCUGAAGAAAAUCACUGCCCCAACUGCCACCAGACGAUUGGUAAUGCUGAUAGUGGUUUCAGUUUCUCUGAACACACAGUUCACUGUGAAGGCAAAAGGAGUUUAAUUUUCAGUGACGGAAAUAUUUCUUGUUCCUCUCCCCUGGGAAUCAGGUUGAUAAAGGCUCUGUCAGCUUUUGUUGAGGCAUCUCUUCCCCUAGAAGCUCUUGCAUCUUAUUGGACUGAAGAUUAUCGGAGGUCUUGGGGAGCAACGCUAAAUGUUUCAUCAUCCCCUGAAGAACUUUUACAGAUUUUGACUCAACUUGAGCGUGCCAUAGACCGAGAAAGUUUAUCAACAAGUUUUGAGACAACUAAAGAACUAUUGGGCUCAUAUGUUUCAUCACAUAAUGUUGUAUUUGAUUCUGCUGGUGGAUUAGUUUCUGUACUUCCAUGGAUUCCGAGAACGACUGCUGCAUUGGCUCUUAGGCUUUUUGAGCUUGAUGCAGCCAUUAUUUACACACAAGAUGAGAAAAUUGAGCCUUGCGAGGACAAGGAGGAUAAAUUAUAUGUGAAGCUACCUUCAAUGUAUUCCCCUCAAAAGACUAAAGAGGUUGAACCUAAAGUAGAACAAGAUAAGUAUACAAAAGAAGAGAACCUUGCGGACUCACGUAGUAGCCGCAGCAUCUACCGCCGUGGGCGAGGCGGUCGUGGCCUAGGAUGUGGGACAAGGUGGCAGAGAAGGGGUCCUGGUCUUGAGUCUGGUUCUGGCCGGCAAAAUGCUAGAGAAAGUGAAAAUUUAAAUCAAAAGUUGAGACAUCAGGGACGAAGAACCAAUGGAAAAGGAUAUGGACGUGGUCGCCGAACAAUUAGGAGAAGAGCUGAGAGAGUGACCGCUGAGGUAUUAGAUGAUGAUGUAGCUGAUGAGACCAUCAAUAUUGAGACUAAUGGACAACCACGAAGAAACGUGGUAGAGGAAGAGUGGGAUGGUGAAAUAAUUGGGACGCAUAUGGGGGGUGUCGGUAACAUUAAUUGUGCAGAAGCUGCAGACUCUGAUGACAAUGCUGAAGCAGUUGGGUAUGAUCAAGUGAACUGGGAGCAAGGUUUUGAUGAUGUCUCCAACAAGUGGAACGAAAACCUUAUGGACGAGAGUGACGAAGACAUCAUGAAUGUAUCUGGGGAUGAUAAUGGUUUUGAGGAUGAGGGUGACGAAGAGUUAGUGGGAAAUAUUGAUGUGGGUGAAAGCUCAGAUGAAAAAACAAAUAAAGUAGUGUUUGAUGAUGGAUCGGAAUCCGAAUCCAUUGAUGAUGAUUAUAGUGACUAGAGUAAUGAUACGCAGAGCAGAUAUCUGGUAUACUACGAGAAAGGCUAUUGGUUGAGGCUUGAAUAGGGGACCUAAACUUGUGUAUAAUAAUUUUAGUGAAUGAAGGCGCCUCCUAUUUACAUAUUAUCGUUGAGAAGGGUGGGAGGCGAAGGAUUCGUGACUAGUAGGAGCAAGCCUUAUUUUACAGUGUAAUUCAAGUUAUAGAAAUUGAGAUAUUGAUGGCGAGCAUACCUGAUAAGAGUGAUAGGGGAGGGUUCUGCUGUUUUUUUUUACUCCCUUGAAUCUUUUCCAAUUGUACUCGUAUGGCUAUAUUAUCAAUUAAAUUAUGAUUUUAAAUAUGAAUUGAAAGCGAAUGGAUUUACGCCAAAAGAGCCGAGCAUACGUGAUGAUUUUGGGCUCGUUAUUGUGAAUCCUGAAUCUGCUCUAGAGGAAGAUGUUCGGGGUGUAAAUGCUGGAAACCUUUAUCUGGAGCGACAUGAGAAGCUAAUUGAGAACAUGGACGCCAAGAUUCGGGAUCUGCAGUCUUCUAUGUUAACCGGUAAAGUUGUGUUUCAUAGGAGAAGUAAGCAUACCAUUUAAGAUUUCAUUGUAGCUUCAAUACUGCUAUGUUAUUGUUUUCUUGACGUAUGGUAAAUGUUAUUUAACUCGAAUUUAUGUGACA